UGGCUGCAAUAAAUGUAAAUGGUUAUAGAUAAUGUUAAUAUUUUUCUACUGCAACAUAAAUGCUCAGUAAACAAAUGUUUUGAUGGUUAUGAUGGGAUCCUUCAUGCUGGGGGUACAGCUGAUCUCAUCUGUGCACUUUAUAAUGGUAAUGUGGGACUAAGCAUCAAUUCUGUUUCAAAAGGGACAAGGGUUUAGGUAUUUGAGAUUUGAAAAUGACUGCUUGUAUAUAAACAAACAUUUCUAAAUUAGACUAUUUAAUAAGUACAUUUCUUUUCUGCUUUGGAAAUGCAAAACAAUAAAAUCAUUUUUUUUCCCCAGUUAGAGUUUAUUUUACAAAAUGUAACAGAAUCAAGGUACAAUGCACUGAUUUUAAUAUUUUCAAAUUGGUCAUUAAUAAAAUAAUAAAGAAGCACCUGUCUGGUGGUGUGAAACCAUCAGCCUGGAAACACCUCAUGGAUUUGAUGCACCACACCCACCCAACAGUUGGUGGCGGUAAUGCACCAUGUUGGAUGCCAACCGCCAGUAACAGUUGAAGAAGAAGUUCAGCUGGUUUGCGGGUUUUGUUUUGCAUCAUGUCGAGAAGUUGUAUUCUGAAUUGUGAAGGAAAAUUCGUUUUAUUUUCACUACCAAAAGAGCAGAAUGUGAGGAAUCAGUGGAUAGAAUUCGUUUUUUCAGCAAUGCCACAGCAAUAUAAUCCCAACCUUUUCUUGUGUUCCCGUCAUUUCACUGAUGACUGUUUUUCCAACAUCGAUAAUGUGAACGCGGGAUACGAAAGACGUUUGUCAUUGAAAAAUGGGUCAGUACCCACUUUAUUUGGACAAUGUACCUCCGAAACACAACCCGUCCAGGUAGCGAAGCCUUGUUUUAGCAAGCAUUGGACAAAAAGGCAAUCACAUAAAACCUGCUCUGUGUUCAGCUGUAAAGGUUCACAUGCAUCCUUACACCGAAUCCCAGUCUCAGAGGAAACAAAAGCCAAAUGGCUUGAUUUUAUAUUUAAAGGAAAUCCCCCAGAAAGUGUGGACAAAAGAAUGGUUGUGUGUUCUAAACACUUUUCGCCAGACAGUUUUUCAAACCUGGGCCAAUACGAAGCUGGACUUGCAUCAAGGUUGAUUUUAAAGAAUGGAGCUGUGCCAACUAGCUGUCCCACAGAUGCAUCUGCAGAGGUUAAUCUGCAUUCUUCGGAUGAUCCAAACCAAACUACUGAGAACGACUUGAGGAAAGGUGGAGGGUGCAGUGAUGAAGACCUUGAUUUUUGUGACCAAGACAGUGUGGCUUCCAGUGUGGACACAAUAAUAGAGGAGAUGUUUAUUGAUGGUCUUGACCCUGCUCUAGAUUGUAGGCUUUCAACUGAGAUUGAUUCACUAGAGGAAGAUUCGGAUUCAGACGUCAUCUUACAUCAGAAUAAACGCCCCCGUUUGCCUUCCACAUCUGAUUUCCCUGAAGAAGCUGGCGGGGGAAAUGAAAAAGAUAACAAGUCCUCAAUCGAAAGGUGGCAUAGUGCAGAUGAGACGGAUGAUGAACCACCUCAUCCGGUCUUCACACCUGUCCAAGCACCUGGACCGAAAUGUAUAUCUAAUUCAUGCAGCAAUCCACUGAAGUUUUUUCAGUUAUUCUUUUCAAAAACCAUCCUACAGGAAAUUGUCAGUAACACAAAUGCCUACGGAACAAAAUGCCAGAAAACGGAGGAGGAAUGGGAAAACAUUUCUAUGAAAGAGCUUGAAUCGUUCAUAGCACUGGUCAUUUUCAUGGGAUUAUUUAAAUGCUCCUCUCUGCAGGAUUAUUGGCGAGAGUCGGAGUACUUUGGUCUGUGCUUUCCUGGACAAAUGAUGUCCUACCAGAGAUUUCUGUCAAUCUCCAACACUUUGCAUCUAAGUGACACCAAUAAAGAUGAGGAGAACAAGAAGAUGAAAGGAACGUCAGCCUAUGAACACCUGGGUAAAAUUCAGCCGAUGUAUCAAGUUAUCAGAGAGGCGUGCAAGACCUAUUUUCAUCCAUUUCAGAACAUCACAGUUAAUGAAAGAAUAGAGAUAUCACAGCCUAGAACUAGACAAUGCAUGAAAAACAAAGCAACUAGUGAUGGGUACAAACUGUUUGCACUGUCAGACUGCAGUACUGGCUAUACCUGGGACUUUUUUGUUUACGAGGGAAAGUCGUGUGCAUCACAGACCCAGGGCCUGAGCUAUGAGGCUGUUAUGGCAUUGGUGGAUGACAAUAUUCUGGGUACUGGGUAUAAGCUUUUUGUCGACAAAUUUUACUCCAGUGCCACGCUGUUCAGGGACCUUCUGCACAAAGAUGUCUGGGCCUGUGGCCCUGUUUGGACAAACAGAAAAGGAUUUCCAAGAACUAAAGUUAACUCUUUGCCAAAAGAUGCCCCACGUGGCACCAUGCGUUGGAUUAGAGACAAUGAGCUGCUGUUUAUUCAGUGGAAAGAUUCGCAGGAACUACAGAUGUGCUCCACCUUCCAUAAAGCUUACGGAGGAGACACAGUGCAGAGAAAGGUGAAGAGACAUCAGAGAUGUCGGGCCUUUGUGGAUAUCCCCAUUCCUGCUUCAGUUCUGGAAUACGACAGGAUCAUGGAGGCAAUGGAUCCAUCUAACUGUGUUACCAGACAUUUAAGACUUAUACACAAACCAAGAAAGUGGUAUCAGUCUGUUUUUUAUCACUUUUUGGACAUUGCUGUAGAGAAUGCAUUCAUUCUUCAGGAACUGACUGCCAAGGCAAAGAACCAUAGGGCUAUGACCCGUCAGGCAUUCCUGGAGAUGCUCAUUUUAAAGCUUACAGCAGGGGUCCACAUUCCCUCGCCUGCUUCAUCCUCAUCUCCCUCCUCUCCUGCCCCUGCUUCUACUUCAUUCCACAAGCCAAAGCACAUCACACAGGACAGCACUGCUGCUGGGCGGAAGUGCGAGAUGUGCAACCAGGAAACUACAGUCAUGUGUGUGACUUGUGAUGUGAUGUUGUGCUUUCAGCAACAUCGUGACUGUUUCAAUGAGUGGCAUGAAGAACAAGGUUUAUAAUUGAUGGCUACAAUAAAUUUAAGUGGAUGUA